UUAACUUAUGGUCGAGUCAAAGAGAUCGAAUUGGACGGAUCAUGGGAUCUAACAUCGUCCAUUGAUGGAACAAUCACAGUCAAAACACCAAUAGAAGGCUUUAACAACUUGUUAUUCAAGAUGAGUCACGUUGGAGGAGUGAAUGGCUUCCGUUCAAGUGCUACAGCAGUCUACUACAUGAACCAGAAAAUCGAAAUAGAAGCUGUAUUCAAAAAUGGCGCAACACAGGAAGCAUCAGCCGUCUUCACAUCUCCGUUUACAUCUGAUUUCCGCGCUUCGUUCUUGAAAUCAACAGAAGAGGCAACGGGCGAAAUUUAUUACGACGAAAGAGAAAAGCUUUAUACCAAAAUCACAUACUCAGCAUCCCCUGUCGUAGAAGGGACUUUCCUUUUACGAAGUGUUAUUCCAGGUAUGGAAACAUUAAACGGGGCAUUAAGACAUGAAGUUUCCAUCCAAACAACAAAGUCACACGCUGAGUUUACCAUCAACGGCCAAACGUCACAGGUCGACAUUACAUAUAAAAACGGAUUUAAAAAGCAAGGUUCCAUUCGCAUCAGAACACCAAUAACAGCAAUUGGAGAUAUCGGUGCGUCGUUUUCCCACAAACUAGGUAGAAGUAUCCUUGAAUCUUCAAUGCAGCUGAACUCCGGUGAACAGCAAGUCUCUGCCGAGGUUUCUCUCAGAUGGCGAAAUAAUAUUGAAGGAUCUUUCCGUGUAGCAACACCAUUCCUUAAAUUCAGGAACAUCAGAGGCGCAUUUACCCAUUCCGGAACAAUCCAGCAAUUUACAUGUCACGCCGACUUCCAGUAUGCUGCAUCCAAGAAGUUGUCAGGAGACAUAACAUUUUCCUCUAUCAAUGCAUUCGAAGGCAGUGUUUCUUUAACCACUCCGUUCGUUGGUUACGAAACAAUGACAGCUGCAUUCCGACAUGAUUUGUCAACGGAGAACCUUUCCAGUCAUCUGGAAAUAUCCUAUCAACCCAACCAGAGGCUAGAAUUAGAUGUUGCAGGCUCUCUCGGGGACUUAUCUCGUGGGCAAGUCACGAUCAAAACACCGUUUGCUGGAUACGAGGAAACAACUGGUACAUUCACUCAGAAUUUACGACCAAAUGGUUACGAAGCCCAUUUAGAAGCUACAUACAAUCAAGGGCAACGACUGGAAAUGGACUUGAGUGCAUUUCCUAAUGAAGGGCGAUUCGUACUUAGAACGCCAUUCACUGGGUUUGAGGAAAUCACUGCAGCAUUUAACAAGGAAUUGACAUCAGACAGUGUAUCUGGCCAUGCCGAAGCUACUUACCAAGGGCAGAAAAUGGAAGUUGAUAUUACUUUAUCCUACUCAAAUGGAAAAUUAGUCAUAAAAACUCCGGUAUCCGGAUAUGAAGAGAUGUCUGUCAGUUACACGCACCGAGGAACAGCAGAAAGUUUUGUCUUUCACGCAGAUAUGUCCUACCUCCAACAACAGAAAUUUGCUGUUGAUACAACAUUUUCGAAAAGAAACGGUCGAUUUGAUCUGGUAACACCAUUUCCAGGAUAUGAGCACAUUUCCGCGGCUUUUACAAACGCCAAUACUGGAGCCGAACUAUCGGGUACUGCUGAGGUAACGUACUCCACCGGAAAGAAAAUUGAGACCGAAUACACGUUUUCUCCUGUGGCUGGUCAUCUUAUAGUGAAAACACCAUUUACUGGUUACGAGGAAUUAACAGCUGCUUUUACACAUCAGUAUACAAAUGCAGGCUUCACUGGAAAGGUAAAUGUUUCACCAAAACCCUCCGAAAUAUAUGAGAUUUCCAUGGACUUAUCCUUGACCUCUGGGCAGCUAACCGUUAAGACACCUUUAGAAGGUUACGAAAUGAUGUCCGCAGCAUUCACAAACCGAAUAACAGAGGAACGUUUUACUCAUCAAUCCGAACUUACGUAUCUUCCCGGUCGAAAACUGGAGCUUGAUAUCACCAUUUCCGUUGGAGAUGGGCGUAUUGCUGUCCAAACACCAUUCGUUGGAUACGAAGAAAUGUCAGCUGCGUUUACACACCAAAUGACAGAACAAAACAUGGAUUCCUCUAUAGAUAUCACAUACUUGCCCGGUCAAAAAAUUAAAGUGGUCGCAUCUGUUUUGCAUGGAAGUGGUCAGGUUACAAUCACUACGCCAUUUAGUAGAUACGAAGAAAUGUCGGCUGCUUUUUCGAAUCAGAUGACAGACAGAAGCAUUACUUUACACGGAGAAGUCAUGUAUUUACCAGGAAGAAAACUACAAGGAGAUAUUUCACUUUCGCCAGAAAAUGGUCAGAUUACCAUCACUACUCCAUACAGUGGAUACGAAGAAAUGUCAGCUGCAUUCACAAACCAGAUAAACGACCAAAGUAUUAUAAAUCACGUAGAGAUCCAUUAUCAGCCGGGUAAGCAUAUAGAAAGUGAUAUUUCCAUUUCACCAAGCGAAGGAAAUAUUGUCCUGAGAACACCGUUCACUGGAUAUGAAGUGCUAUCAACCGCCUACCGACAGGAAAUCGCUGACAGGAGCAUUUCAGGAUACUUGGCAAUGUCGUACAAACAAGGAGAAAAAUUUGAGAUCGACAUUUCUCUCUCCGCAAUGGCUGGACAUUUGACUGUCAAAACCCCAUUCGAAGGAUACCGACUCAUGUCUACUUCAUUUACAACUGACGUAUCUAGUGAUACCGCUUCCACUAAGUUCCAGCUUUCCCUUAUUCCAGGUGAAAAAUACGAAGCUGACGUUUCUUUGUCUUUGACAGAGGGUCACAUCGUUGUCAAGACCCCGAUCACUGGAUACGAAACAUUUUCUGCAGCAUACACACUGAGUGUACGUAGAACAAGCUUCGCUGUCCAUGCUGAGAUGACAGAUCCUAGCAGCCAAAGAAUCGAAAUCGAUGCCAGUGCAAGUUUUGGAAGCCGUAUUAAAGCUAACGUUGUAGUCAAGACCCCGUUUACAGGAUAUGAACGAUUCGGAAUGACCAUCUCCCACGUCAUGCAAAAUGGAAAUAUUCAAAGUUCUGCUUCAAUCGAUUACGGAAGGAAGAUUGCAGUUGCCGCCACAAUGAGAACACGAGGUGGCAUAAUAUCUUCCCUAACUGUAAAGACACCAUUUAACGGAUAUGAAUUGUCUAAAAUAACAUUUGCCUUUACCAAGAAUGACCGAAUGUUUACUAGCCAAUCCUCUUUGGAAUUUGGAGGGCAAAAGGGAGAAUAUGAUGCUUCCAUCAGUUACAAUCCUACCAUAGAUGCUAGUUUUGUUCUUAAGACACCUUUCAAUGGUUUCGAGAUGACAUCUGUCACGUUUCAGCAUGUCACUUCAGUUGACAACCAACAAGUCCACGGCCGCGUUGUGUACAGUAACCAAAAGACGAUUCAAUUUGAUAUGACUUUGCAGGCAUCAAAUGCUUACAUAGGAAGCAUGUCGCUGAAUACCCCUUUUACUGGUUUUGAAUCAAGCACCGCUUCCUUUGAGAUUAAUCUGUCAGAAUCCGGAUUGACAUCUAACAUAGCUGCUGCUGUGGGGGAUAGAAGAAUCAGAAAUACACUCAGCUUGGCAAAGACCGACAACUCUGUCAUUGGUUCCAUCAAUUUGCAGACGCCAUUCGACCGUUUCGAAAACAUGGGUCUAAGCCUGAAUGCAGUAGGUUCUUGGAGUGAUAGUCAGAUUGCUAUGUCCAUCAGCUAUGACGAAACGAAACCUGUUGAAGUCUUGUUAAAACACUCUAUCCUAGGAGACAGGUAUGAUGGUAGUUUCCUUUUCCGUACGCUUUAUACUCCAGAACUGACGGCCAGUGUAACCCAUAACGGCGAUUGGCGAUCAUUUUCCAAUGAUUUGCAGAUGACAGUUGGAACAGAUAACAGUCUACAGCACGUCACUACAUUCAGAUUCAGUGAAGAUUUAACCGACAUUUCGUCUACAUUUACUGGUAUACUUAACGGAUACAGACAUUCAAUGAAGUCGACAUUUAAUCAUCAAGGGCAGAUCAACAACUUCAGAACCAAUCUGAAGAAUAACUUCAAUGGCCGUAAAUCAACCGUGACUAUAUCAUUCAGAAACACAGCAUCCAUUGAUGGAUCGUUCGCAAUGAAAACACCAUUCAAGGGACUUAGAAAUGUAGCAGCCAGCCUCCAGCACUCUGGAGAUCUAGGCCAAUUCACUACCAGAGCAAAUGUACAAUUAACUCCUGCUAAGAUAAUUUCAGCCAAUAUAGACUUCUUCAAUCAUCGUCUACGACGCAUCAACGGUAACUUUGAACUAGCGACACCGUUUGAGGGGUUCGAAUUGGCAAAGCUAGCCUACAGACACACUCUGACAUCUAACGACAAUCAAGCUGAAUGGAACGGCGAGAAAAUGCUUGACAUGGAUGUUGCUUUUGGAAAAGACACAGCAUAUGUAGCAGCAUUAACGAUGCGGGCCCCACGACCAGUCGCGUUCUCGUCCAAUGGCGAACUUAACGACGGCGUUAUGAGAGGGGAAUUGAAUAUGAACUGGAACACAGAGAGCCAGGACAGCAACAUCAUAAUGGAAGCUGCUGCUAACGAUAGGAGCGACAGCUUCACAACAAGGCAAGACGUGUCUUUGACAGUUAGAAAUAGUAGAAAAGCAGUUGGUGUCACUGGAUCUCUCAGCAAAUCACCAGUAGUUUUCACCUCAAGCGGAAACAUUAUAAUUGACGGUGUUACCAAAUAUGGAAUUGACCUUGACACGCGUGAUAAAACCAGACGCACCACCAAAGAAAAGAGCACUACAUUUGCUAUUCGACUUCCAUCUAGAACUGUCAAAGCAACUGGUCUAUUCCGCGACACAUAUCGUAUAAAGACCACCGAGGCUGCCAUCUUCUGGGACGCUGAAAGAGACGAAACACAGAAAAUUGGGGUCAUAGGCAGUUUUAUUCCACAAGGACAAUCAACAAAGACUGACUUUUCUGUUAGCUUCCCAAGUAUUGGAAAGAACGUCAAGCUCGACUCCGAAGUAACAAUGAACAGUGGAAAUAUCUUAUUUGACGGCAAGACUGAAUUCAGCUACUCCGGUGAUGUCAACAAGAAUCUUGUGAUCCAUUCACGAGUGGAAGAUCUUUCCUCUGGGUUUAGAAAGAAUUAUAGUUUCGUUGUCGGCGUCAGUCACCCUGCAUCCACCAUUGACGUUCAACUUACAUCCCAUAUAGGCCAUGUGGACAACAAAUACUCUGCUGACAUGAACUUGCACUACCUUACUGCCGGUCGUAGUAGGAAGAACUUCGCGCUGAUGGGAGAAAUUGACAGAAUGAGGAAACAGAUGAAGGUCGAGAUGGUAUCUCCAGUUAAAUCUAUAAAAGUGUCCGGCCAAGUCAGAACCAAUGUUCCCUACAAACUCCUGAUCAAUAAUCAGUAUGAUGAAAGUUUGGUGGACGCAGAAUUGGUCAUUGAUCCUAGCAAACUCAGUAUGGGCUUCCAUAUGAAUUACGACAUCGAAAAUCCUGGCAAAAUGUUCCACGCCGAGGCUAAGUAUGUUAACAACAGCGCAAUCAGGGCUGAGGUCUACCGAGAGGAAAAUACACAAAGAAUCACCGACAGCUUAUUCGCAAUGCGCCUCAACACAUCCAGAAUGCUUCACUCGAGAUUGCACUGGCGCCCAUCAAUUGUUCAAGAUCUGAAGGCAUAUGGACUUCGACGCAUGACCCGUGACAGCAGAGAUUCGAUGGAGCUUUAUAAUGAAAUAGCAACUGGAAUAAACGAGGAAGUGAACUCUAAGUACAACAUCAUCAGAUCCGCCCUCCUUGAAGAACUGAAACCAUACGUACAAUUCGCUGCCACAAAAAUAAGAGGAAUGCAACAAGAUGUGACAUCUAUGACGGGAGUUAUCGACUCUGCUGAAGUUGAGAGUCGUAUUGAAGAAUUUUCACAAUACCUCACGGAUGUCGUUUUGAAAAUAGAGAACCUGGCUAGCUGGAUGGAAACUGCUGCCUCUACACGUGUGUCGUACCCAAUGAAGGAUAAUGUGGACAUGUAUAUUAUUAAAGGAAGUGAACUAUUAGAGGAGAUGGGACAAGACUCAAGGAGGAACUAUGCUGACAUGAUGAAUCUAUUAGAUGACGAACUCGCAGAAAUUUCGAGAACUAUUCUAUCGGCAUUCAAAACCUACCAUGACCAAUUCACGAAUGCUAUAGCUCAGCCCUUGAACACGGAUGUUGUACGUUUGGCUAAAACCAAGUACAAUGAAUACCUCACUAAACUCACCAACCAAUUGCCAUCUGUUGAUGCUGUCGCUCAAAAAUACACGUCCGCCUUGUACAAUGGUAGGGAACAAAUCAACUCCGCCCUGUACGGACUGCUAGACAGACCCGAAAUCAACUACAUGCAUUCUCAGGUGGCUGCUGCUUAUAAAUACUGGGAAGUUGAAGAGAACGCCAAGGCCGCCAUCAUGAGUGUGUACGAUCAUAUCCUAGAGAUAAUCGAGGAAGAAAUUGAAUCUCUGAAAUCAGUCAUCACUGAUCUAGAGAAGACAAAGAUAACCGUGUUCGACCCUGCGAACGGUGAAGUUCAAACUGACACCUACCUGAUUGUUCCCAUGAAAUCCCUGAAGUCUUUACCAGGCAUUGACAUGAUCCGACGCUACAACACAAUCCGUUCGUAUAUACCAGACACCAGUAAGUGGGGAUCCGUCGCUGAUUACCUCCCUUCCUCAGAUGUCAGUACCUGGAUGCCUCCUUUCGAUGUUUUCGGAACCGUGGAGGGCAACACAUUCACAACAUUUGACGGUAAAACUUACCAGUUUAACGGACGAUGCAGCUACGUACUUGCCGGUGAUUACAUGGAUGGCAACUUCUCCAUCAUCCUCGACUAUAUGGGCAAACAAAAGAAGAGGGUCAUCAUCACCACCACCCAACACGCUGUUCAACUCCUACCAAAGAACAAGUUGAGAGUUGAUGGAGCCAUUACGACAAAGCCAUACCAUGCCCAGGACAUAUCAGUGAUCAAUGAGGGUGAUGACGUCACAGUAAGUGGGCGUGGCUUCACCGUCCGCCAUAACCUGUCCAGUGAUAUGUACGAGAUAGGACUGAGUGGUUGGUACUACGGAAAGACUGGAGGUUUACUCGGAACCUACAACAACGAACGUUACGAUGACAUGAUGAUGGCAUCCCGACAACUCACUAAUGACGUCACUUCCUUCACUGACUCAUGGGAAGUCAAUGACAGAUGUCGUUAAACAUAGUUGGACACUGAGUAUAAUACUGGACACUCAAAAUCUAAUGAAAUUAAGUGUUUAUGUGAGAUAACUUUCGAAUAUAUUUUAUAAUGUUUAACUUUAAUAAAAUGAUUAAUAGCAUGCAA